UUUCAUGUAGAGAAGAGUGUGAAAACUUUCCACUUCACUUUUUUUUUUUGUUACCUUUUUAACACUGUGGAACUUUUGCUCUGGAACAGUGUACAUGUUGUCUAAAAGUUGUUUUCCAAGAAGAAGAUGUGUCACAUGCAGCAAGGGACCCGACAAACAUUGGCUUUAUAAAUAAAUCAUAUCGAUCUAGUGGGAAUAUCCCCGUGCUUUUGAAGCUGAAAGGAAAGAGGGUGAAAAUCCCGACGUUAUUUGUCUGUUCAUAUAGGUAGUUAUGUUCCCAGAUGCCUUGGAGGCUGUAGGACGGGUAGAGGGUUUGACCCUGUCCCCUCCCCAGACUUUACCAGACCCAGAUGAUGAAGCCGAAUUGGGCCAUGAAACAAAACGAAGAGGCAGAUAUCGGCAUAGCUUACAGAUAUUAAAGCCUUUCAGAAUCACACACAAACAUCAACACCCUGUGGACAAUGCUGGAUUUUUUUCCUUUAUGACUCUACAAUGGCUCUCUCCAUUGGCAUGGAGGGCCUACAAAGCAUCUUGUCUCAGAAUGGAAGACGUAUGGGGUCUGUCCUGCCACGAGGCAUCAGAAACGAACUGCCAAAGACUGGAGUGGUUGUGGCACGAGGAGCUGAAGAGACGGGGGAAGGACGGGGCGUCUUUAUCUCGGGUGUUUUGGAGGUUCUGUCAGACCCGAAUGCUGGUGGCGAUCUUCUCCCUGCUCAUCACUAUGGUGGCGGGAUUUGUUGGACCCGCUCUGCUGAUCAGAGCGCUGCUGGAGUAUUCUCAGUGCUCAGAGGUAAAGCUGCUGUACGGCUUGGCUCUGGUCGGGGGGAUCUUCCUCAUGGAGCUCACGCGCUCAUGGUCUCUGGCUUUCAUGUGGGCUGUCAGCUAUCGCACUGCUGCACGCCUCAGGGGAGCCGCGCUCACAAUUGCCUUCCAGAAAAUCCUGCGACUCCGCAGUACUAGAGACAUCAGCACAGGAGAGCUGGUGAACAUUUGCUCCAGUGAUGGGCAGCGUCUGUAUGAGGCGGUCUCAGUGGGCUGUCUGCUGGCUGGUGGGCCGCUUGUUGGAAUUCUGGGCAUGUCAUACACCACAUAUUUCAUAGGACCAACUGCACUCCUGGGAUCAGCCAUCUUUGUAAUCUUCUAUGCCACUAUGAUGCUGGCCUCCCGCCUAACAGCAUAUUUCCGUAAGAAGUGUGUGGUGGUUACGGACCGGCGCGUCCGGCUGAUGAAUGAGAUCCUGGGCUGUAUUAAGUUCAUUAAGAUGUACUGCUGGGAGACACCAUUUGCCAACAAUAUCCAAAAUGUUCGAUCAGAAGAGAGGAAGAUACUGGAGUGGGCUGGCUGUGUUCAGAGCCUCACAGUGGGUGUGGCUCCAGUCGUGGUGGUGAUUGCUAGUGUGUGCACGUUUACUCUCCACAUGGCGUUGGGUUAUGAUUUCACUGCAGCACAGGCCUUCACGGUUGUUGCUGUUUUUAACUCCAUGACCUUUUCCCUAAAGGUCACGCCCCUGGCGGUGCGUGCUUUAUCAGAAGGUGUCGUUGCUGUCAAAAGAUUCCAGAAGCUCUUCAUGAUGGAGGACAGAGAGCUGAUCUCCAUCAAAACUGAAUAUCCUGAUAACGUGAUUGAGUUCAGAGAUGCCACACUGGCCUGGGAGAAGACCUGUAGCUCACAGGGGAAGAAGAGACGACCCCAGCAGAAAAGAGGCGGUAUGAAGAGAGUUUUGAGGAGGGAGAAACUGAGCUUGUAUAUCAUCACUGAGGAGAGCAAAGUGAAGAGUGAGGAACCCAAUGCAGAACAUCUCCUCACGCACAUGGAGCAGGAGAGCCCUCAGAGCACCAUCUCCUCCACCCAGAGUAUUCGACCUCCCCUCCACAAAACCCUGCACCGCAUUGACCUGUGCAUACGGAAGGGCUCACUGGUUGGUGUUUGUGGUGGAGUUGGAAGUGGAAAAAGUUCUCUGCUUUCUGCUCUGCUGGGACAGAUGACCCUCCUUGGUGGCUCCGUGGCGGUAAACGGAGGCUUUGCAUAUGUCGCUCAACAAGCCUGGAUCCUCAACGAUUCCUUGCGAGAGAACAUCCUGUUUGGAAAAGAAUACAUUGAGGAAAAGUACAAUGCUGUUUUGAAAGCAUGCUGUUUAGUUCCUGAUAUUACUGAGCUACCAUAUGGCGACAUGACUGAGAUAGGGGAGAGGGGAGCUAACCUCAGCGGUGGCCAGAGGCAGCGAGUGAGUCUGGCACGGGCACUUUACAGCGAGAGACCCAUCCUUCUGCUGGAUGACCCGCUCAGUGCCGUAGACACACGCGUAGGCUCCCACCUAUUCCACAGCGCCAUCCGCACCGCUGCCAGGGGCAGAACUGUCAUCUUUGUUACGCACCAGCUGCAGUACUUGCCAGAGUGUGAUGAUGUGGUGUUGAUGAAGGAUGGCCAGAUAGCAGAACAUGGCACUCACACCCAACUGAUGGAGAAAGAGCGAGAUUACACCGCCCUUUUCAACAGCGUCCAGCAAGAGAACAUGGUAAGGAAUAACCUGAAAAACAAGCAGAGGGUAGAGGAGGAGAGCAGCCCGAGGUCUCUUCAAGUUAGCAUCACAGUUAGGCCUCAUGUUGAGAGCAAGAAAGAAGAUCAGCUCAUGCAGGCUGAAGAAAAGGGGACCGGUGCCGUGGCCUGGGCCGUGUACGCUGCUUACAUCAAAGCCGCCGGAGGGCCUCUGGCCUUCAUCGUAAACAUCCUCCUCUUCCUCUUCACCACAGGCAGUAUCGCAUUCAGCAAUUGGUGGCUCAGUCACUGGAUCAGGCAGGGCAGCGGGAAUUCUUCACUGUUACAGGGGAACGAGACCAUCGAGAGCGACAGCAUGCGUCUGAAUCCGCACAUACAGUACUACUCCAGGGUGUACGUUCUGUCUAUGGGGGUGGCGCUCUUCCUGAAGACCAUACGAGGGCUGGUGUUUGUCAAGUGCACCAUGCGGGCAGCCUCGGUUCUGCAUGAUAAACUAUUUAAGACUCUACUUCUGAGCCCCAUGAGUUUUUUUGAAACAACACCUCUGGGACGCAUUCUCAACCGAUUCUCCAGGGACAUGGACGAGGUUGACGUGCGUCUGGUUAUGCAAGCCGAAAUGCUGCUCCAGAAUAUCACAUUAGUGCUGUUCUGUCUGGGUGUGGUGGGCGCUGUGUUUCCAUGGUUUCUGUUCUCCAUCAUUCCUUUGGCGGUGUUCCUCUUCAUUGUCAACCGAAUCUCCAGGGUUCUGAUUCGUGAGCUGAAACGGCUGGAAAAUAUCAGCCAAUCCCCUUUCACCUCUCAUAUCACCAGCAGCCUGCAAGGACUGUCCACUAUCUAUGCCUACGGCAGGGGAACAGACUUCAUACACAGGUAUGAAGCCCUGCUCGACACAAACCAAGCGUGUCACUAUCUGUUCAGCUGUGGCAUGCGUUGGCUGGCAGUCCGUCUGGACCUUAUCAGCAUCUCUCUCAUCACCACUGUAGCCCUCCUAAUCGUUUUCAUGCAUGGCCACAUUCCUCCCGCCUACGCCGGCCUCGCCAUCUCCUACGCCGUACAGUUGACUGGCCUGUUUCAGUUCACUGUGAGGCUCCUGUCUGAAACAGAAGCCCGUUUUACAUCAGUGGAGCGGAUCAAUCAUUACAUAAAGAACCUAGAAAGUGAAGGUCCUCAGCAGAUCACAGGCCCCUCCUCUCCUGCUUCCUCUUGGCCCCAGGAAGGACGAAUAACCUUCCAGACUGUAGAAAUGCGGUAUCGAGAUGACCUUCCUCUGGUUCUGAAGAAUCUCUCUUUCAGCAUCCUCCCAGAAGAGACUGUAGGGAUAGUGGGCAGAACAGGGUCAGGGAAAUCUUCACUAGGCGUUGCACUCUUCAGACUAGUGGAGCUCAGCAGGGGAUCAAUCAUCAUUGAUGGUGUCAACAUCGCUCAGAUCAGUCUGGAGGAUUUGAGAAGCAAGCUGUCAGUCAUCCCCCAAGAGCCGGUUCUUUUCAUCGGUACUGUCAGGUCAAACCUGGAUCCCUGGGAUCAGUAUACGGAUGCACAGAUCUGGGAAGCACUGGAGAAAACCCACAUUAAGGACAUGGUGAGCCAGUUGCCUAAUUCACUACAUUCUGAGGUGACAGAUAAUGGAGAGAACUUCUCAGUGGGAGAGAGACAGCUACUGUGUGUGGCCAGAGCCCUUCUCAGGCACAGCAAGAUCCUGCUCUUAGAUGAGGCCACAGCUGCCAUUGACACAGAGACAGACCGGCUCAUACAGGACACUAUUCGUAACUCUUUCAGUGGCUGCACCACUCUGGUCAUUGCCCAUCGUCUCAACACUGUGCUUAACUGUAACAGGAUAAUGGUUCUGGACCAGGGGCAGAUUUUGGAGUUUGAUACCCCUUCAAACUUACUAGCCAAUGAGAAUUCACGCUUUUCUGCCAUGAUAGCGGCAGCCGAAGAUACGCUUGGUCACCCAUAAGAACUAAGCAGCCACUUAACAAACGGAUGCUCUACUCAACAAAACAUUCAGGGACACAAGAAGUCCUCCAACCUGCUGAGAAUAUUUGCAGAGUAAAGAUUAUUGAAGCUGCUAACUGCAAACUGAGAUGUUUGUCAUUCUUUAAGACAUUGAUAAUGUUCUAUCUAGUGUUCUACUGUUCUAGUUCACAUACAGAGAUUUUGAGUUUAUAUAUGAUGUCAUGAAGGAGAGCCUUGCAAUGGGAACAUUCACAUUAACGGCACUUUAUUUUCCUCAUGAGGCAGAAAAAAUGUCCUAACUCUUAGAGUCAGUGCUGUACAAGUGUUGAUUGAGUGAAUUGCUCAUAAGGGACUUCCUUCUACUGUUUUUUUAGGCAGAAGUAAAUUUUGCACAUUGGUAAAUGUAAUUUAUUUGUUUUUCUUUGUUGGACUCUAUAAAGGUAUGUAAGAUCUAUAAGGUAAAAUACUGAUUUGCCUUAUAUCUCAAGUUAUUAAGCGUAUGAAUCUAACCAAAGAUGAAGUUCAGAUCAAUCACACCUAUCGAUCAUUCCAGAGAUGUCUACAUAAAAAAAGAAAAAUUAUUUGCAUUUUGUUUUGUUUGUUUAUUUGCUCAUGCUUUUCUUUUAACUCAAAAAUGUGGUGCCUCUGCUGGUAUUGGUGUGGGAGAAUAUUUGUCAAAGUCCUGGUGCAAUUAGUGUUUUAGUAAAGAAAAUGUGUAAUGUGAAUUAUUGUGAUAAUUCAUCAUCAGGACAGUACUAUUUUUUUUUUUUUAAUACAAAUUUAUAUUUCUGUGUUAUUAACACUGUAUAUCUUUAUUCUGUUAAAUUUAUUCUGUUUUUUUUCUCCAAAAUGUUCCUUGUUUGCAAAUGUUUUUGCGAAACAGAGGUGCUGCACUGACUAUAUCCUUUUAAGAUUCAUUCAGAAAUAUUUAAUUUAUGUUUGAAACAAAGGUACAAAGCAAAUAUCAAGCAAUGUAUUGAUCCUAAAUAUCUCAUGUAUUUUUGGGGAGUGCCUGUACGUAUUCAUGUAAAGACUACACUUUUAGAUCUUUUUGUUUCAGAAUCAGCUGAAAAUUGCACAUGUUCAGGAUCAAUCAUUUGGGUUUAUUAUAUUCUUUUAUAUUUGCCACACCAUGCAGUAUCUAUUCAGAUACUCAUCUUGGAAAUCAAGAUAGAAAAUAAUCUGUUAGUCGCUAAAAUUAUGUUAAUCUUUAAAAGUUGCCUUAAGCAAUAUCCAGAAACUUUAGCUUUGCGGUUGUUUAUGAACACUUAUUUUGUGAUUGUUAUAAAAAUGCUUUAUUAUUUUGUUUUAAAGCAACUGUAUUGCCAGUGUCUAUUUC